CGGCAACAACAGCUUUCGCUGUGGAGGGUUCCGGAAAGGAAGGGCGACGUCCAACCCUGCCAGCUAUGGCAUCCCCCGGCCACCGCGACGCCCCGGAGCUGCCGGACUUCAGUCUUCUGAAGCGCCUCGCGCGGGACCAGCUGGUCUACUUGCUGGAGCAGCUCCCCGGCAAGAAAGAUCUGUUCAUCGAGGCCGACCUGAUGAGCCCUCUCGACCGCAUCGCCAACGUCUCCAUCCUCAAGCAACAUGAAGUGGACAAACUUUACAAAGUGGAGAACAAACCAGCCCACAGUACCAGUGAUCAAUUGUGCUUUUUGGUGCGGCCACGGAUCAGGAACAUGAAGUACGUGGCAGACAUAGUAAACGCCGAUAAGGCAGCUGGCCGGACCCGCAAGUACAAGAUUAUCUUCAGUCCUCAGAAGUUCUACACGUGUGAGAUGGUGCUGGAAGAAGAGGGGAUCUAUGGGGACGUGACCUGGGACGAGUGGUCCUUCUACUUACUUCCUUUGGACGAUGACAUCAUCAGCAUGGAGCUCCCAGAAUUCUUCCGUGACUAUUUCCUGGAAGGAGACCAGCGCUGGAUCAGCACCGUGGCACAGGCCUUGCAACUGAUGAACUCUCUCUAUGGACCAUUCAGCAGGACCUACGGAAUUGGCCGGUGUGCUAAGAUGGUCCAUGAACUCUGGCGCGAAGUGGUGGAGGAAAGCGACGUUGACAGUGUGGGCCGGAAGCCAGAGAUUGGUCACGUAUUCCUUGUGGACAGAGACGUGGAUUAUGUCACAGCCCUUUGUUCCCAGGUUGUGUACGAAGGCCUGGUGGACGAUACCUUCCGCAUCAAGUGUGGGAGCGUUGACUUUGGCCCAGAUGUCACCUCCUCCGAUCGGAGCAUCAAAGUCCUGCUAAAUGCUCAGGACAAGGUCUUCAGCCAGAUCCGCAACGAGCACUUCUCCAGUGUCUUCGGUUUCCUGAGCCAGAAGGCCCGGAACCUGCAGGCGCAGUAUGACCGACGGCGAGGGAUGGACAUCAAGCAGAUGAAGAACUUUGUCUCCCAGGAGCUGAAAGGCUUGAAGCAAGAGCAUCGCCUGUUGAGUCUCCAUAUUGGUGCAUGCGAGUCCAUCAUGAAGAAAAAAACCAAGCAAGAUUUCCAGGAGCUGCUGAAGACAGAGCAUGCCCUCCUGGAAGGGUUUGACCUCCGCGACAGCAUCAGCUUCAUUGAAGAGCACAUUGACCGACAGGUCUCCCCCCUUGAGAGUCUGCGCAUGCUGUGCCUGCUGUCCAUCACAGAGAACGGGUUCGCCCCCAAGGACUAUCGCUCCCUGAAAACCCAGUACCUCCAGAGCUAUGGACCAGAGCAUCUGCUGACCUUCCAUAACCUGAAGCACCUGGGGCUCCUGACAGAGCAGGUGCCAGGGGAGACCCUGACAGCCGUGGAGAACAAAGUCAGCAAGCUGGUGACAGACAGAGCGGCAGGGAAGCUCUCGGAUGCCUUCAACUCACUAGCCAGGAAGAGCAAUUUCCGAGGCAUCAGCAAGAAGCUGGGACUAAUCCCCCGUGUGGAUGGCGAGUACAACCUGAAAGUGCCCCGGGACAUGGCAUACGUCUUCAGUGGUGCCUACAUCCCCCUGAGCUGCAAGUUGAUAGAGCAGGUGCUGGAGCGCAAGAGCUGGCUGGGCUUGGAAGAGGUGGUGCGGCUCCUCGGGGGAAAUGAAUUUUCUGUUGCAGAUACUACUGCAGAGGAGAAUCCUGCCUGGGACUCCCAGCGCAUCGUUCUGGCCAUCUUCUUAGGUGGCUGCACCUUCUCUGAGAUCUCAGCUCUUCGCUUCCUUGGCAGAGAAAGAGGGAUCAGGUUCAUCUUCCUGACGACAGCCAUCACCAACAGUGCCCGGCUGCUGGAAUCAAUGAUAGAGACAAGGGCAUGAGAGCUUCUGCAGCAAGGCAUGGUCGAUGGGCCUACUUCAAGCAGCUGUGGCGGCCCCCAGAAAUUGCAGCAGUGCUACCUGGAAAGUCUCCCCACUGCUUCCUGUAGACUGGCAGCUGGCGAGUUGUUUCUCUACCCAGGAAGAAAUCUGGGCUUGGACGUCUCUUCCUUCUUGCUCAGCCCGCCCAUAGCAGGCAACGGGCUGUUCUUUCAGGAGCUUGACUCACCACUGCCUUGAACUUUGGGCUGCCUCCUGUCCAGUGAGAGGGCCUUUCCUUCACCCACCCUGGAGACACUUGGCCUUCCACUGCCCCCUUCCACCGCGACUCCUCCUGGCCUGCCAUAGCACUGGGAGUAUGCAGGGAGAGGUGGUCACCUGCAAAUGUGACUCCUCCUGCCAGUUCAAGCAGUGCAAUAAAGAUGUGUCUGGUAA